CAGCGCAAAUCUAGAAUUUACCCUGGUUCAUUUUUUUUUGUAAUUUUCCAGUACCAAAAUCCCACCACGAAGAAUGGCAGUCUGCAAUCGCCGCCAAUUGACUGGUUGGCUGCUACAACAAGGCCAGGCUCUGCUGAUCGAUGUGGCCUGACUGCAUUGGCCUCGUCGUUCCUGGUGCUGCCCAGUUUUCGCUUUUCACCGCUCCCAGCCUGAUUUAGAAGACAGCGAGGGAAAAGCACAUGCUCUUGUUUGCUGAGAACCCUCUGUUGUUGACUGCGGGGCUCGGAGUCUCCUCUCACUAGAGCGGAAAUUUUUUUGAGCCAAAUAAUAAUCCUCAGGCAGAAGCGUGGGCUUAGGCCUGGUCUCGACACAACACUGAGGCUUCUUUCUGCAUGACUGACGACUGAUUCCCUUCGAUAAUCACAUUAUAUUCUUAGGUACUUGACCUUAUUCUUGUGUGGGCGAGACUAAGACCAGGGUCAAUAGCGCGAUCCUCACAAUGGCCGACGCUGUCGAGCAGCCUGAACAACAACACCAGCAACCGUGGGCUAGUAUGUGCGCCCUACCUGUUAUUGUUGUUAUUAACCUCGCUGAACGGUCAGCUCCCACCAAGCAGCCCUUCCAAAAUGGCGUUCGCACCACCGGCCGCGCUUUCAACUCGUCCAAUUGGCGCAUGAAGACGGACGACAGCCCUGUCUCCCACCCGGCCAGCAACAACUCUCCGCGCUCGCCCUUCAACAGGUCAUGGCAACAGACAGUCUCCCCAGCCAUCACCGAGGGCCGCCGGCUCUAUGUGGGCAACAUGCCUUACAUGGCCAAGAAGGAGGAUGUCGAAACCAUCUUCGCAGACGGAAACUACAAAAUCGAGCGCAUUGACAUUUCGAUCGAUCCAUUCACAGGCCGCAACCCAUCUUACUGCUUCGUGGAGCUGGAGUCCAAGGAACAAGCCGACCGCGCCAUGGUCGAGCUGGAUGGGAAGGACCUGCUGGGACGUCCUGUGAAGGUCAAGCCCGGCGUCGCCAAAUCCUCGCAAGACCGCGCCUCUCCUCGCCCAUCGAACAACUCGUCCCCGCGCGCCACCAACGACAAGCCCGGCUCCCCCCCCGUCGCCUUUGAUCGCUGGCAGCGCAACGACGCCUCGGUCCAUUUCAAGGGCUACAGCGAGAACGGCCGUCGUCUAUAUGUCGGCGGCCUUCCAAAGCUCUCCAGCCAGCAAUCUGUCGAUUCUGAGAUCCAGAGUUUCUUCAAUGGGUACAACGUUGAGGCUGUUAGCAAGCUCAUCUCCCCCCACCCAUCCAAACGAUUCGAAUCCGGUGACCACUACUAUCUUUUCGUCGACUUUGCGAGCGCAGACGAAGCGGCUGCCGCACAAGCAGCUCUUGACGGCAAAGAUGGCCCUUGGGGCGGCAAGAUCAGAGUCGGCCGGGCUCGUGGCGAGUCAUGGAAGCCCGACGAGAGGCGCAAAUGGAACUCAACACAGGAAGACGGCGAUGACGAGCCUGCUGUGGAUGUCACUGCUGCUACGUGAGAUACCGUGGGAGGCGAUUUGUAUUGUUAUCCCUCUUCUUUGGAUUCGGGCGUUUAUCAAGACGAGCCACACUAUAGAUCUUUUUGCUUCUACUAUUCUACCUAUCUGUUAUACGGAGUCACCAAAAGUCUACUAUUCAUGGAUCAAUCAGCCAGGGGCUUGUGGCCCUGUACACGCGGCGAUGAUUCAUGACCUGAAUGAAUAACUAUGUGAAUGUCAUUUUUCCCUGCAAUAAAUAGAUCAUAUAUUUCAAUAGCCCAGCUCGUUCCAACCGCCCUG